AUGUGUCGAAACAGAAAAUUGUCCGGAAUCGAAAAAUCAAUUCAUCAACAGUUGAUUGAAGCCCAUCAAGAAAUCGCCAAUCUCAUUCAACAACAACAAGCACAAGCACAACAAUACCAAGCACAAGCACAACAACACCAAGCACAAACACAACAACUACAACAACAGAUACAAGAUCUAGAACACCAGGUUGCACAACUUCAGCAGGAACUGCAACAAGCUGCUCCUCCACAACCAAAUGCAGUACCACAGCAGCCAUCACCACCGCUUCAACAGCCGCAGGUACCACAACAACCUUCAUCAGCAUCUGAAGAAGAACAACAGCACCAAAAUUUCGUAACAACAUCAGAAGCAGAAGUUCCGCAACAUCAGAACCUCAGAGAACGAGGAGCACGUAUGCGACGACGGCUCAGACGUUUAGUUCGACCACGUCCUCGAGAUGUUCGAGUUGAUAAUUUAUGUGCACGACGAUUAGUUCAAGUUGAACAAAUCGAAAGUCAAAAAGAACUACGUGGUGGUAUUGAUCGAAAUCUAUUUCCAUUUCCAUUUCAACUUGGAUAUUUACUAUAUGAACAUGGUUUUUUUUAA